AUGUUUUUAAAUUAUCUUAAACAAAAUGAUUUCGUUGGUGCUGAUAUGGCACGAAAAUAUUUACAAAUGGGUUUUACUCGUUCAAGACGUUAUGCAAAUCAUGCUAGUGGAACAAAAUAUGAUCAAACAACUUAUGAUAUAUUACCACAAGAAGAAACUCACAUGAAUAAUGAAAAAGCUCGAUCAGCUGAAAUUUUUAAACAAAAAUGGUUCGAAGCAAAAGAUAAUGAUUUAUAUAAAGAAAUGGCUACUAAACAUCGAACAACAUAUGAAACGAAACCAACUAAAACUCGACGAAAUACUGUUACACAUAAAAAUGAAUAA